UCUCCGCGGCGCACUGCGCUGACUCUGCAGAAGGAAACCAUCGGGGGAGUGUGGGAAGGCGUUUUUUUUUAUCCUCAAGGUAGGACACGCAGCUACAGCCCUGCUCCUGGAUGCCAGCGAUCCCAACCGUCUCCUCGGCUUCAGUUUGCGGGAAAAAAGGACGGAAGGAAGGGGAACCGGGAGUCGUGGUCCGCGCGUUCUUCUCCGAGGGACCGACGCAGUUCCAAAAAAGCCCCCGACGCGCGCUAUUUCCCAGCUGAAGCGGCGCGGACACACACACACACACACACACACACACACACACACACGCACACACACACACGAUUCUCUGGAUUUAAAAAAAAGAGAGAGAAACACGAGCGAGUCUUUUCCUGCGUUGAAGGUGAAAUUGUCCUAAACGGCGGCGAGAAGUUUAGAGAGCAGAACACCCACCGCGAAGCAGCCCAGACACACGCACGCCACGGACGAGGAGAAAGUUCCCCACUUGAGGGCGAAAUCAGACUUUUUUGAGGACGCCAAGUUUGAGAAGUGCCAGCAGCUCCGGGGUCUUUGAGACACAACAUGCAGCGAUGUCCAAGGAGGCAGAUUUGGAUGUGAGAGGCAGUGAGUGCGACACAGUCCCACCAGAGCCCAGCACAGACCCAGAAGUGCCCCGGCCACCUCCAGCAAAGGCUAACGGACCCCACGACACCGCUGGCGCUUGCACGAGCAUCCCCUCCAGCAGCCACGGUAGCAGCAGCAGCAGCAGCAGCAGCAGCAGAAGUGGUCUGGGUGGCAUUAGCAUCGUUAGCAGCAGCGCUGAGGGAGCAGGCGAAAGCUCCAUGCAGUUCAGCACCAGACCGCCUAGUGCUGAGCAGCCGGGCUUCAUGGGGACAUGGCAGCAGCAGAGCACUGACAGCAACCUCCUCUACAGAAUGUCCCAGCAGGCCAUUCGCUGCACACUGGUGAACUGCACGUGUGAGUGUUUCCAGCCCGGCAAGAUUCACUUACGGACAUGUGACCAGUGCAAACACGGCUGGGUAGCUCACGCUCUGGACAAGCUCAGCACCCAGCACCUCUACCACCCGACCCAGGUGGAGAUCGUUCAGUCCAACGUGGUGUUCGACAUCAGCAGCCUGAUGCUGUACGGCACCCAGGCCGUGCCCGUCCGACUCAAGAUCCUCCUCGACCGCCUCUUCUCCGUGCUCAAGCAGGAGGAGGUGCUGCACAUCCUGCACGGCCUGGGCUGGACCCUCCGCGACUACGUCAGGGGCUACAUCCUCCAGGAUACUGCAGGCAAGGUGAUAGACCGCUGGUCCAUCAUGUCCCGAGAAGAAGAGAUCAUCACCCUGCAGCAGUUCCUACGCUUUGGUGAGACCAAAUCCAUUGUGGAGCUGAUGGCCAUUCAGGAGAAGGAAGGUCAGGCCGUUACAGUUCCCUCCUCCAAGACAGACUCCGGUAUUAGGACAUUCAUUGAAAGCAACAGCAGGACCCGCAGCCCUGGACUCCUGACGCAUCUGGAAACCAGCAGCCCGUCGAGCAUUCACCAUUUUGAGAAUAUCCCCAACAGCUUAGCCUUCCUCCUGCCCUUCCAAUACAUUAACCCAGUCUCUGCUCCGAUGCUUGGUUUGCCGCCAAAUGGCCUGCCGAUGGAACAGUCCGCCCUCCGGCUCAGGGAGCCCAGCCUGCCAAACCAAGUUGAACAGGUGGAGACCAGUGACUCAGAAGUGUCCCUGUCACCCUUCCGCUCAGGCCAGAGCCCAAACCGUGGAGCCGUUGGAGCCAUUAACAACAACAUUGAACCCAAGACAGAGCCCAACAACAGGGCAUCACCCAUCUCGCCAACCCCUUCCACCCAUCAAGCUCAACAACAGACACAGCUCCAACAGGGUCAACAGCACUCCCAAAAUCAAUCUCAGCAGUCAAAUAGCUUGAGUGACCAUCAGGUCCACCACCACUUUGUAAAGGACGAGCAGUCUAAAACCAUCACCCAUUCUUCUUUUUCUUCAAAGAUGCAUCGCAUGCGCCGCAUGGGAUCCACUUCACGUAAGGGUCGUGUGUGCUGCAAUUCUUGUGGCAAAACCUUUUAUGACAAAGGUACCCUUAAGAUACAUUAUAAUGCUGUACACUUGAAGAUUAAGCACCGUUGCACCAUUGAGGGAUGUAAUAUGGUCUUCAGCUCACUUCGCAGCCGUAAUCGUCACAGUGCCAAUCCCAACCCAAGGCUACACAUGCCAAUGCUGCGUAAUAACCGUGACAAGGACCUCAUCCGUUCCAAUUCCGCCCCUGGUACGCCCGUCAUCUCAAGCACCAAGAAUGGUGGCUACACACUCACCAGCCCUGGAAGGCCACCACUGGGCUUCACUACCCCACCAGUAGACCCUAUGCUUCAGUCACCUCUGCAAAGUCCACUGGUGUUCCCCUCGUUGAAGUCAGUUCAUCCAGUCCAGCCAGUGCCCCCAUUCUACCGUACACUGUUGUCCCCUGCAGACCUUGUCAGCCCACCAGUGUCACUGCCCACAAGCCCCAUCCUUCCCACUGCCACUAAUAGUACCAGCCUGAUGGACCAGCACAUCCUGGCUGCAGCUGUGGCUUCACAUAAUAAUGUUCAUAUGUCAGAGGCAGGACCCAUGUCCCACCGCUUACCUACACCUAGUUCCCAUAAUGACCUCACCAGUGGCGUCAGUGACCCCACACCCAAAAAGAAGCCUCGUAAAUCUAGCAUGCCAGUAAAGAUUGAAAAGGAGGUGAUUGAUGUGGCGGAUGAAUACGAUGACAAAGAUGAUGAUGAUGAAGAUAACAUUCACCGAAAUCACCAUCAUCACAAGUCAUCACUUCUUCACAACAACAUCAAAAUCAAUGGAAAUUGUCACAGCCACAACAGUGGCAAUGGAAAUCAUAGUGGUGGUAGUGGGCAGCAAUCCCCUUCUCAGGAUGAGAUGAGCCCUGGGUUAGCUCUGAGAGGCAUGAUGAGACAGAGUGAAGAUGAAUGCAGGGAAGGGACUCGUAGUGACAGUAGGGGAGGUAAUGAUCUGAGAAGCUCUGGUGAAUUACGUUGCAUGGACAGCUUCACCUCUGAAGACCAGGACCAUGAGAGAGACUUUGAGAACGAAUCUGAAAACUCUGAUUCCAAGAUGUUCUACCGGGAUGAGCUCAUGGAUGUGGAUGAACAUCCAAAACACAGCAGGGUUGGAAGAGGUCUUGACAAGGAACAGGAUGAUGAGGGAAAUGAGGAAGCUCAUUUGCGAAAGGAAAUGGAAGGCAAGGGCCAUUCCUCACCCUCUCCUCAUCACCACCCUAUGAAGAUCAAGGAAGAACUGAAUGAUCCUACCUAUGACAUGUUCUGCAUGGGCCAGUAUGGCAUCUACAACGGAGGCAUGGCAGCGGCUGCUGCCGCUGCUGCGAGCAUGGCUGCCCUGCAUGAGAGCUUCAUCUCUUCGAUGGGCUAUGGUGCCAGUCCACCCAAAUUCCUUUCUUCUCAAUCACCGGAGGGAGAUCCAUGCUCAAGUCCUGACCCCAAGAUCUGCUAUGUGUGUAAGAAGACUUUCAAGAGCUCCUACAGCAUGAAACUACACUACAAGAAUGUGCACCUCAAAGAGAUGCAUGUGUGCACUGUGUCCGGAUGCAACGCCGCUUUCCCUUCCCGGCGGAGCCGAGACAGGCACAGCUCCAACAUCAACCUGCACCGCAAACUGCUGACCAAAGAGCUGGACGACAUUGUCCUGGACCCCCAACUCACGCCACUGCCCAAGGACCUGCGAGCUGAGAUACUGGCUAAGAUCUACGCCGGGCACCACAUGGGCUUGGACCCUAUGGCUGGGAUGGGCAUCGGAGGAGCCAGCCUUGGACACACCGGCCUGAACCACGAUGCCCGCUCCCCCAUGAGCAAUGAGUAUUUCCACCACCCUCUCAGCCACAACCUCAAAAAUCACCACACCAACGGCUUCUCCCAGGGCCAGCCAGAUGACUACAUGGUGUUGGACCUGAGCACCACAUCAAGUGUUCAAUCCAGCAGCAGUGUCCACUCCUCACACGAGUCAGAUGAGGGAAGCGAUGAAGGCAUUCUUCUGGAUGACCUGGAGGAGGAGGAUGGAGAAGAGGACGAGGAGGAGGGCAACAGCGAGGGAGAGGACUGCUCCCAGCGUGCCGAGAGGCGAGCUGAAAGAGGGCAGCGGGGUGAGACUGGAGAACUCAGAGGAGAAGGACAUGGUGAGGGGUUUGAACAUCCCUCCUCACCAUUCCUCCUUUCGUCCACCGGGGGCAGUAACAGUGGCGGCAGUGGGAUCCUCUGCAACAUCUGCCACAAAAUGUACAGCAACAAAGGGACCCUGCGCGUGCACUACAAGACUGUGCACCUGCGAGAGAUGCACAAGUGCAAAGUUCCCGGUUGCAACAUGGUGUUCAGCUCAGUGCGCAGUCGCAACCGACACUCGCAGAACCCCAACCUCCAUAAAAACAUGCCCUUCUCUACAAUAAUAGACUAAAUAAUGACUUUCUACUCUGCCCUCCUGUCAGUCUGCUCCUCCCGUCGUUCCUCAUCCUUAUUCCUCCUCAAAUUAGCUUUUAACCCCAGUCCAGGGCCAUCAGAUACAGGUUAAGUGCUUGUGUUCCUCCUGCCCCCCCCUCUCUGUAAGUCAUUGCAAGACAUUUGUGUGUCCCUCUAUAAGAUUCAUUGACUCUAAAUACAGUUUAUUAUUUUGACCUUUGACUUCACCUUCUUUGGAAGAAAAGGACAAGACUCUUGAGUACGGAGUUUACUUUAUAACAGAACUCCAAACUUGUACUUUCAAACCUCUCCCCCCCACUUUGUUUUCAUGUCCGUCUCCAAAGAAUCUAUUCAAACUCUUAUUUGUGACUUUGCCUGCAGAAAUAAUAGUACUGAGAAAAAGAAAAAAAAGAAAAAUCUUCUCGUUGUAUUUGUGUAAUGAUAGCUUUUAAAUGAACCCCCUUACAAAAGCAUGACAGCUUCAUUUGUAAAUAAUGUCCCAAGAGGCUUUUGGUGUAAAAGAGUUGUGUUGAUGGUUGUUUGCCCUUUUUUUUCUCUAUCUCUCUCUCUGUCUCUCUCUCUCUCUCUCUCUCAAUCCUUAAUCCUUAUGGUUUUAUGUUACAGUCCAGUACAAUACUUCCAGCUAUAGGCAAGAAAGAGGUAGCAUCUUACUAGCUUGAUUCAUUUAUGUUAGCUUCAAAGAUAUGUUUUAAACUGAGUCCUAGGAAAAAAAAGAAUAUCACGUGACUUGCUUUAUCUACUUGUUAGGUAUUCAGAGGUUGCCGGCAUGCUUUUUUAGGCUCCUACACUGAUAUCAUUCUCUGUAUUUCUAUUGAUUUUUUUUGUUCUGUUUUUUUUCUGUCUGUUUACGUUUAUGAGCUUUAGUAUACUAAUUCAGUUUUUGCACUUUGCAUCUAUACAAGGGGAUGUGUAAUAUUAUUAUAAUGAGGAGUUUUUUGCAAUGGUGAGUUUAGGUGUUGUUUGGGGUCAUCGACGGCUACAGUGCCAAGGGAAAUGACAGUACCUUCAACAUACCUGUGCCAGUUCAGUUUUUGCACGUUCUCAGUUUCAAAAACAUACUUUCACAACAGGAAACCUUCCCCCCCCCCGAACAAAGCCGGAGAUCUCCCCCUAUCUCUCAAAAACACGUAUUCAGAAGGUGUCUCCAAAGUGUCUUGCUUCUGCGCCUAGUCCAGGUGUGACUGAAUAUGAACUGCUGUUUCCCAAACACAAAGUAAAUACUGAUAAAGCCUCUUAAUGUUUAUAGGAGACAUUGUGUAUGGUUGCCAGUUGUGAUCACAACACUUAACUUCAGUGGCUGAGUGAGGUAAUCUGUAUAAAGCAUGACCUUUUUGUGAAAUUGUCAAAGUUAGAAAAGCAUUUUUUUCCCCCACAAAAGGCAUCUUAAAAAAUAAAAAUAGAGAUAAAAAGAUGAAAUAGUCCUUCAACUGUGACCAAAACUAAAGUGUUUGCUUUAGAAAAAGAUGUUUCAUUGUGACAUUGUACUUAAAUCAUGCCCCAUUGGAUUAAUAUGAUGCACUUGAGUCUUAAAUCUUUUUGCUGUGAUAUUUUUGGUAUCGGUUUCCAUUUCUGAGUGUUGGCUGCAAAUGUGCUAUAUGAAAAGUGUCGCCCUUCUCCCGGCUGCUUGGUUGCAGCCGUUUUUUUAACAUGUCCAUGACUGUCUUACGGUACAAAUAUUUCCAGUAACUGGGCAAAGUAGCCAAGGGAAGGGGUAUUUAUUGGUGGGUGAUGUGUGUUCAUGGAGAUGUUUUUGUCCAGUAUGAAAAUAUUUUUUGUAAAAAGACAAAAAAAUAGAGAAUUGUUCAUCAGUUUGAUUUGUUUCUCAAUGUAUUAGCAAUGCCAUGUGUUACUAUACAACAAGACCUUCUCUUACUUGACUGGUGCUACACACAGGAGGGACAAAUAUGCAGUGUUAUGUCGCGUGCUGUACAGUAUUCACAAGAUCUUACAUCCAUAACAGUGUUGAGCUCCGUUUGUUUCAUAUUUAAGCCGUUCUGCCGUAUAGACAUAGACCAAUUCUACAGAAAUAUUUCAUUAAUAUUAUUUUUUUUCUAAGACUCUGCGCAUAUGAAACAAGCAGUUUGCAGCCGACACGUCUCCGAAAUAAAGAGAGCGAGACAGGGCGCUGUGGCUGAUGGAAGGGUUGCAGAGGUGGAAGGCUGACUAGGGGGGAAAGGAUGACAGCAGCGAUCAUUAAAAAUGUGCUGCUUCUCCGUUACCUGCAGGCGUGUCCCUGCCAUUCCAGCUUCUUCUGUCUAAUAUCUCACUUGUCACUUGGUUACACGGCCAGACGCCGAGGCUGCUGACACGACUGUGACACUGACAGAGAGAGAGAGAGG